CCCGGCUGCGCUGGUGGCGGCGGCUCGGCCAUGGCGGACCUGAGCGCGGAGCGGCUGUGCUCGCUGCCCGGCAACUGGAGCUACGGGAUCAGCCAGGGCGGCCGCCUCUUCUUCAUCAACGAGGAGGCGAAGAGCACGACCUGGCUGCACCCGCACACCGGAGAGGCCGUGAUCACCGGGCACCGCCGCAGCGCAGACUUACCCACAGGUUGGGAAGAAGCAUAUACUUUUGAAGGUGCAAGAUACUACGUAAACCAUAAUGAACGGAAAGUGACCUGCAAGCAUCCAGUAACAGGACAGCCAUCACAGGAUAACUGUAUUUUUGUUGUGAAUGAACAGACUGCUGCAACCAUGACAUCUGAAGAAAAGAAAGAACGAACAGUAAGCACAAUAAGUGACGCUUCCAACUACAAUUUGACAUCAGAUUAUGCUGUGCAUCCAGUGAGCCCUGUGGGCAGAACGUCACGGUCUUCAAAGAAGGUUCAUAAUUUUGGAAAGAGAUCAAACUCAAUAAAGAGGAAUCCUAAUGCACCGGUCAUCAGACGGGGGUGGCUUUACAAGCAGGAUAGUACUGGUAUGAAGCUGUGGAAGAAACGAUGGUUUGUGCUUUCUGAUCUGUGCCUCUUCUAUUACAGAGAUGAAAAAGAAGAGGGAAUAUUGGGGAGCAUACUUCUACCUAGUUUUCAGAUAUCGAUGCUUUCUUCUGAGGAUCAUAUUAAUCGCAAAUAUGCUUUUAAGGCAGCUCAUCCAAACAUGAGGACCUAUUAUUUCUGCACAGAUACAGGGAAGGAAAUGGAGCUAUGGAUGAAAGCCAUGAUAGAUGCAGCACUUGUACAGACAGAACCUGUGAAAAGAGUAGAGAAGAUGACUGAAAACACACCACCUCGAGAAGUGAAUAACAUUUCGAACCACAGGGUGUUAAUUAAACCAGAGGCACAGAAUAAUCAAAAAAACAAAGAAGUAAGCAAAAAUGAAGAGAAGGCGGCUUUGGAAGCUGAAAAAUAUGGAUUUCAGAAAAUUGGACAAGAUAAACCCUUAACUAAAAUUAAUAGUGUAAAGCUAAAUUCAGAAUACAGAACCUUACCAGUGAGCGCACUUCAGGCUGGACUCUACAGGCCAGUUCAUUUAAAUGGGUCUGAGAAUAAAGCUGUCAAUAUUGUGGCGGACACUGGAGAUGGAGGACAGCACAAUGCAGUUCACUCACAUAUGGAGUCUGAACGAGUCAUACAGAGAACUAAUUCAAUGCUUCAGUUGGAGCAGUGGAUUAGAGUUCAGAGAGGAAAGGGGCAAGAUGAGGAAACAAGAGGCAUAAUUUCAUAUCAGACGCUACCAAGAAAUAUGCCAAGCCACCGACCCCAAGUUGCACCCCGUUACCCAGAAGGCUAUAGAACCCUGCCAAGGAACAGCAAAACGAGGCCAGAGAGUGUUUGUAGUGUGACACCAUCAGUUUAUGACAGGACCAUAGGACCAGUAACAGCUGAAGAAAAGCGGAGAUCCAUGCGGGAUGACACAAUGUGGCAACUCUAUGAAUGGCAACAACGUCAAUUUUACAAUAAGCAAACAACUCUUACUCGACAUAGUACUUUAAGUAGUCCAAAAACCAUGAUCAAUAUUUCUGAUCAGGUGAUGCAUUCCAUUCCCACAUCACCUUCCCAUGGUUCCAUAGCUGGUUACCAAGGAUAUUCCCCUCAACGGACAUACAGAUCAGAAGUGUCAUCACCAGUGCAAAGAGCAGAUGUAACAAUUGACCGCAGACAUAGAACGCAUCAUGCUAAGCACGUCUUCAUGCCUGAAAGAAGGUCGAUGCCAGCAGGUCUGACUUUACAGCCUGUUACUCCUCAGAGCCUCCAAGGCAAAACGCCAGAGGAGCUCACGCUGCUGCUAAUAAAGCUGAGACGGCAGCAAGCUGAACUGAGUAGUAUCCGGGAACACACACUAGCACAGCUCAUGCAACUAAAACUUGAGGCCAACAGCCCAAAGAAUGAGAUUCUUUCACAUCACCUUCAAAGGAAUGCCAUAUAUUUGGAUCAUCAGAUGAAAGAGAAUGAACCUUUAAUCACCAUGGUUCACACUAUGAUUGAGAACUCGGCGCUAAGACCACAACUGUACCAGCAAUUGACACAAGAAGAAUGUAGGGGUACACUAUACAAAUAUAGAUCUGAAGAAUUGGAUAUAGAUACUAAGCUUAGCCGAUUAUGUGAACAAGAUAAAGUGGUACAAGCACUGGAAGAGAAACUUCAGCAGCUACACAAGGAGAAAUACACGCUUGAGCAAGCUUUGCUAUCAGCCAGUCAAGAGAUAGAAAUGAAUGCAGAUAACCCAGCUGCCAUACAGAAUGUAGUCUUACAGCGAGAUGACUUACAGAACGGACUGCUUAGCACUUGUCGAGAAGUGUCUCGAGCUACUGCAGAACUGGAAAGAGCAUGGAGGGAGUAUGACAAAUUAGAAUAUGAUGUAACAAUUACAAGGAACCAUAUGCAGGAGCAGCUGGACCGACUUGGGGAAGUUCAGACUGAGUCAGCAGGUAUACAGCGUGCUCAGAUUCAGAAGGAACUUUGGAGAAUUCAAGAUGUCAUGGAAGGUUUGAGUAAACAUAAACAACAAAGAAGUUCUACAGAGGCAGGUACCAUGGGAUCAAAGUCUUUUUCAGCUAUUAAGUGUAAAAAUGAGGAAGAGGAAGUAGUCCCACCUCGUCCUCCACUCCCUCGGUCCUAUGACUUUACAGAGCAUCCUCCCAUAAUCCCCUCUCUGCCCAGUGAUAGCAGCUCCUUGCUCUGUUAUAGUAGGGGCCCAGUACAUCUGCUGGAAGAAAAGAAGAUUCACCAAGUUCAAGGAUAUCAGAGAAAUGGAUCUUACUGUGGUCCAGAUUAUAGACUUUAUAAGAGUGAGCCAGAGUUAACAACAGUGGCAGAAGUUGAUGAAUCUAAUGGUGAAGAAAAGACAGAACUAGUUUCAGAGUCAGAAACUUCUACAACUAAAGGUUCACAUUUUCCUGUUGGAGUUGUCCCUCCCAGAACCAAAUCACCAACUCCAGAAUCGUCAACAAUAGCCUCUUAUGUCACUUUAAGGAAAAACAAGAAGAUAGAUCUAAGAAUGGAAAGGCCGAGAAGUGCAGUGGAGCAGUUAUGUCUGGCAGAAAACACUCGGCCUCGAAUGACUGUGGAGGAGCAGAUGGAAAGAAUAAAGAGACACCAACAAGCUUGUCUGAGAGAGAAGAAAAAGGGGCUAAAUAUUAUUGGCGUUUCAGAUCUGUCUCCUUCACAGAGCUCAUCCUUUGUUAGGGAUAAUCCAUUUAAGCUGUCUCAGAAUCGAAGAAAGGACGAUAUGGUAUCCAGUAACAUUAAGGAAUUAGAGAAAGCCAUAAGAGAGAAUGAUUUGGAACAAAAUCAUGAAACUCCUGCAGAAGAAAUAACACAACUGAAUGCUGGAUCAGAAGAGCAUAAUGCAAAUUUUACUAAAGAGUUGACAAAAAGUGAUGACCCACUGUUACCAGACACGUGUGUUAUAGCUGAUCCAAAAGAAGGGAAUGCUGAAGGAGGAGUAGAAAAACAAAAGAAAUUGGGAAAAACACAUAAUGUAGAUAUCAGUCUGCAGAACAUGGCCCCAGUUGCAAACCACAAACAUGAAACCAGUCCAAAAGAGAGUGAAGCAGCCAGUGUUCAAGAGCAAGAAGGGAUUAUUUCUUCUUUUGCGUUAGCAGUACAAUCUUCAAGAGAAAAUCAAACAGCAGGAAAAAAUCUGCCCUCUUCACCAGAGUCCCCACCAUCACCAGCUCUAUCAACGCAACCACAGCUCACAGAAGGAUCACAUUUCAUGUGUGUAUAGUCUCAGAGAACUCUUAACAGAUUCUGUUGAAACCAUUCAUGGCCGAGGAGUACGGACCUAUGGAAAUAUAAGAAGAUAUUGUAGAGUAUAUUUUAAAUCUAUGAAAUUCAUAGUUCUGAUGCUUUUGGCCACAGAGCAUCAUUUUAUAACUUCCUGGAAAAUGUUUAUUCCAAGACAGCUUUAAAUGGCCCAUAUGUACACUCAACAGUCUGAAGAUUGUUCUUCCGAUACCAGCUUGCUGCUAUGAUUUCCAUGCACAUAAAGAUUCUUUUUCAUAUGCAGCCUAAAGUCAGAAUCUUAGUUGAUGUUUUACAGAAUUUAAUGUUUUUAAUUAUGCAGUCAUUUAAGUUUGCAUUUUUGCUUCUUUUAGGUACAUAACAGAUCAGUUUCUUUUACAUAUCACCACUAAACCUUGUUUUACAUUUUUUAAAUACUAGUGUAUUUUGACAUUUGAUUUGUAAAAUUUUUAUAUAUAUUUAAAAUGUGCCAUUUUUAUUAUUGCUGAGUAAAGUAUGUCCUGUUUCUGCUGUAAUUAUUUCUUGGUCAGGUUGCAGCAUCAGCAGUUACUGCCACACUGUUAUCACAUAUACAUGAAUGUUUGUGCUUACUUUUUCUUAAACAAAAUGAAGUGUAGGUAUUUUGAGGUACUGGGCUCUUACUUUGUUGGAAUAGGGUGUGUACAGCAAUAAGCAGGCUUUCAAUACCAGUACUUAGUUUGUGUACAAAUGUAAUUAUGUUCAUUGUGUAUAUAUUAUACAAUGAGCACAUCCAAUGUAAGUAUAAGAAGCCACUUACUAUUGUUCAAAUGCAAAUGUUCAUAUCUCAUUUCUUUUUUAUCAUGUUAAAUAAAUGUUAAUGUUCUUAA